UUUAACAGCCCUAGUUAUAUUACUUCAUUAUUACUCCUCAUACUGCUAUAACUGAUUAACCUUUUUUUCUUGUAUUUCUUCUAGAAAGAGCCCGUUCUUGGAAACUAAAGCAACCUAAUGAUGAACACAAGUGAUCCGCUAAGUAACUGGGCUAUGCAACUAACACUACAGUCGUUAGACCUACCGCCUGGCCAAGAAUACCCAGUUUUUGUCUUAGGAACUCUGACAUAUAUGACCAUUUUGCUCUGCAAUACACUGGUGUUUGCAACGAUUGUCUUCACAAAGAGUUUGCAUAAGCCCAUGUUCCUCCUGCUUUUAAACCUACCAUUAAUGGACAUGAUUGGAGCCACUGCUUUUCUACCACAGCUUGUAACCAGCAUUUUGACAAAGAACCGCUCUAUUUCCUACCCUGGGUGCUUCUUUCAGGCUUUUCUCCUUCACUUCUACGGUUCAGGGAACCUCUUGUUUCUAACAGCAAUGGCCUAUGACAGAUACAUCGCCAUAUGCUUGCCCCUUAGGUACAACUCUAUAAUGAUUCCGAAAACUAUAAUGAGACUCAUUAUUGCCAUUUGGUUCGCAGAGAUUUUGUCUAACAUAUUGUUGUUUUCUUUAGUUGCCAGGUUCAGAAUUUGCAGGACUCAUAUUGUGGAUAUUUUCUGCAACAAUCCAUCUAUGAACAAGCUACUCUGUGAUGACACAAAGGUCAAUAACUACUAUGGCUUGUUUUUAAUUUGCGUAACUCAAGGUAUACCGCUGGUUAUAGUAACAUACACAUACAUCCAGAUCUUGUUGACAUGCAUGAUGACGAAGCAGGCUGAUGCGAGAGGGAAAGCUCUCCAAACAUGUGGAACACAUCUGGUGGUUUUUUUAUUCUUUGAAUUCAAUGCUGCAAUCACUUUGAUCUCUCACAGAUUUGAGAGUGCGUCCCCAUACCUGAGAAGAGCUAUGGGUGUAUCAAUUAUUAUAUUUCCCCCAGUACUCAAUCCACUUAUAUAUGGGUUAAAGACAAAAGAACUUCAGAAAAGCAUGAUUACAUUUUUUAAACGAGUAAGGUUAGCGUACAAAUAA